AGUCAUAUACAUUUUCUUUUUUAGAAUAUAAUGAUAUGUAACCGUGUCUUAGUUGAUGAACUUGGUAGAAGUCAAUUAGUGAAAUUAUUUUCAGUUUGGAACAUUAGAAAAUGUUGUUAUGUUGCCUUUCAAAUCUUAUUGCUUUGUUAGCUAUUUUAAUGUUGAUGGUUCAAAUAAGCAUUAAAUAAUAUUAAUGGUAAAAAAAAUGCAACUUAUGUAUUUAAUUUACACAGAAUCAGUGCCAAAAAAUGAAGAAAUUAUUUAUUAUUUACCACUCGGUUUAGAAAUAAUUGAUAAUUUUAUUACAGAUAAGCAAGAAAUUUUUUUGCUUAAUUUUUUAAAUGAACAAUGGAUAAAUUCAAGUUGUAUGAAAAAUCGACAAGUGAAACAUUAUGGUUAUGAAUUUGAUUAUGAUAACAAUGGUGUUAAACAGAAUAGUUAUUGUGAUCCUAUUCCAAAAGAGCUUGAAUUUGUGUUAAAUAUCAUUAUUUUAAAAUUAAAUUGGUAUCCAAAUCAGAUAACAAUUAAUCGUUAUUUACCUGAACAGGGUAUUCCUAGUCAUAUAGAUAUUAGGGGAGUAUUUGAUGAUUAUAUUCUUUCUUUAUCAUUGGAUUCUGAUGUGGUAAUGGAAUAUAAAAAUGAUAUGAAUCAUUGUAGUACAUCAUUAAAAUCUAAAUCUUUAUUAAUGUCUGGUGAAUGUAGAAAUUAUUGGACACAUGAAUAAACAAAAUUUGUAUCAAAUACUGGAAUUUGAUAAAACAUCAUCUCACGAAACAAUUAAAGAAAAUUAUAAAAAUUUAUCCAGAUAAAACUGUAAUACAAUUAUCAAAUACUGAAUGUUGCUUAGAAUAUACUAAAAAAUCCAGAAUUAAAAAAGGAAUAUGAUGAAGAAAUAGAACAAAAUGAUAUUGAUACAUAAGUUACAAUAUUUGAAUCUUUAUAAUUACAAAACUUAGAAAAAAAUAUAGAUGAUGGAACACUAUUAUACAGAUGUCGAUGUGGUGGAAAUAUACUUUGUGUCGACAUCAGAAAUCAUCAAUAUUUCUUCACCAAAACCUAUACUGUAUUCUUGUGAUGAUUGUUCAUUAUUUAUUGAAUUAAAUUUACCUGAAUAUAUUACAUUUUCUUAACAAUAAAUAUUAUUUAUUUUAUUA